GCUCUCCCCCUUCCUGUGAAAACGCCUUCACCGCUUACCCUUCCCGUCGAGUACGCAGCUAUCCUGCUGCUGCUGCUUUUCGUCCAAAGAAGCUGUAGCAUACCCUUCCUGUAUUCUAUUCACACUCCUCCCCCGCUGCAGCUUUCUCCGCUCUCUGUAAAGGUUUAUAGCUUUGGCUCGGAGGGUUCGAUCCAAUUUCGGAAAGGAAGACGACAGGAAAAUUGCUCAGCUUCUUGACCAGCUACGAUUAGAGUCCUACGGUGUAGCGUUUGACACUGCAAGAAGGAAAAAGAUCAGUCACAAUGACCCCCAGCGCCAACCAGACCAUCUACGGAAAUGUUAUAGAGUACAUUGGGGGUGAGAGAAUACGUUUUGUUGUUGAUUGUCGGGGGAACCUUGACUGACUUUUCUAGAUCGCCUCUAUCUUGCAUCGUACACUUCCCCGCCAACCGGUAGCACGCCAUUUCCACCACCAGCCAUUCCGGAUCCUUACAAGAUCACUUCCCAGGCGAAUGCGCACAAUUCUGCCAGGUCGCCUUCCAAGAAGAGCAAGAACCUCGGCAUCAGCCCCUCCUCCAAGAAGGUUGUUUACUUCACCGUUGAUGAUUCAUUGCUGUAUAAUGCUUUCCACCAUGACUUUGGCCCUCUCCACAUCGGACACUUGUACAGAUUUGCCGUGACACUUCAUGAUAUUCUCGGCGAUCCGGUAAAUGAGGGGAGGAUUGUCGUAUUCUGGAGCAGACCCGAUGGAAGAAGUAGAGCAAAUGCCGGUUGUUUGCUGGCUUGCUACAUGGUAAAUUUUACCUUUUUUCCUUCUCCCUCGCCUCAUUCGUUGGUAUUGAUUGUUUUCUAUAGGUGCUUGUGCAGUCGUGGCCACCUCAUUUGGCAUUGUCCCCGUUGGCUCAGUGUGAUCCUCCGCUUAUGCCCUUUCGUGAUGCUGGCUACUCACAAGCCGACUUCGUGUUGAACGUGCAGGAUGUGGUGUACGGUGUUUGGAAAGCCAAGGAGAAGGGCAUUGUAAAUUUGAGAGAGUUUGGGCUGGAUGAGUAUGCCCAUCUUACUGUUUGGGGAAUGAAAGGUCACGAGCUAAUAACAUGGGAACAGGUAUGAAAAGUUUGAGCGGGUGGACAUGGGAGACUUUAAUUGGAUCUCCCCUAAUUUCCUUGCCUUUGCCUCACCACAGUUCACACUCCCCCCGCCGAAUCGGCCGCAGCCUCAGCUCCCGACGAAUCAAGAGGAGAUCCUCGCCUCUGGCUUGCCUGUUCCAUUUCGAAACGUCUUGGAACAUUUUCACACUCGUGAUAUCGGCCUGGUAGUCCGAUUGAAUUCCCACCUCUACCCCGCCGAAUAUUUCACCGCGCUUGGGAUAACGCAUAUUGACAUGAUAUUUGAUGACGGAACUUGCCCACCUCUCAAUCUUGUCCGAAAAUUUAUCAACCUCGCUCAUCAAACUAUAGCCCAGGGAAAGAAUAUUGCGGUUCACUGUAAGGCUGGGCUUGGAAGAACAGGAUGUUUGAUUGGUGCAUACCUAGUAUACCGAUAUGGAUUCACCGCCAAUGAGGUUAUUGCUUUCAUGCGUUUCAUGAGACCGGGAAUGGUUGUGGGACCCCAACAGCAUUGGUUGCAUCUCAACCAAGACGAGUUUAGACAGUGGUGGUUCGAGGAUACUAUCAUGGCUCCCGCACUGGAGAAGGCUAUAUCACAAUCUAUCUCGCUCAAGACGCCAACCAAGGGCAAAAGGGUGGUAUCGGGGACGCCUUCGCAACACACAAGACGCAGUAUCCUAGGAGAGAUGGACGGUAAUGAGACAACGUCUGGUGCCUUACCCGCACCCACACCUGGCCAGCCUCGAAAGGCAAGCUCGAGAUAUCCCCCGAACACUGGUAGCCGCAGGACAACUAGCUCUCAGCAGGACAAGGAGUUGAUUGAAAUCCAUCAGGACGAUGAAAAUGUUGAUGUCAAUGCAUCUCCAAUCCGACGAAAGAAGUCGUCGGCCAAGAUGAUUGAAGCAGCAGCAGCAGGCACUGAAGUGCCUGAAGGAGUUGUUGAAGGGGCAAUGAGCGAGGAAGAGUACCUUCUACGUUUGCACCGCCGGACCACAUCCCGAAGUCCAGCUGGUAAGAGAAGCGUCUCAUACACAACCACCACAACAACAACGGUGAGCCACACCGUUACACCACCCAGUGCGGACAAGGCCACCGGGCGAGAGCGAAGCGGGAGUGGUAUAGGAACCAAGGUUAGGAGCUCGCCCAGACGAGCAGUUGCUGCAGGCGGUGUUAGAAAGGUUAGUGGCCGGGUUGUCAGCGGGGGUACGCCGGGGAAGGCGUUGUAAAGUUAGCGUUUGUAUGAGUUGCUUAUUGCCAAAUUGCCGGAUCAAAAAAUUUGGGUGUUUGUGUUAUUCUUGCAACGGGUGUUUUUCAUGUUUUCUUUGCAUGGGGUGUUGAGUCCUUUUCCCCGUUAUCCCUUCCUACUAAAUCAUUGAUGAAUUGCACGACAUGAAUUUCCUUGUUUCGGUUUUCUUUUUCUGCUGUAAAACCUUUUUUGGCUUUUUCUCCUCUUAUUUUUCUGGUGAUAAAGUACAUUUGGCCAGAGUGAUCUCUUCACAGCAAAUGCUUUAUGGAUUGGGCUUUAAUGAUUGUUAGGUUUUUAGUA